AUGAAACAAAAAAUGCAGCCAACCGUGCAUUGUGUCCGUUAAGGGUUUUCCCCAGCCCCCGAGUUCUAGGGUUUCUUCGGGCGAGGGCGAUCGAUCGCGGCCGCGACGCAUUCCAGUUGCGCGGCGGCCUGACAAGACGAGCGCCGGCGGCGGCUUGAAUGAACCCGGCAUGGGUUCAGAACCGCUCGCCUAUUUCUCAUCAUCUCACUCCCUCUCAGCUGUGCGCGAAAAAUUCCUGGGCUCCACUCAUGACUCACACCCGCGCAGCACUGUGCAAGGCGUUGUCGUCCAUGACGAUUAGUUCCGGCAAGAGGAGCUUGCAAGAACAAGUUGUAGCUCCUGGAUCGAGGUCUACUGCCACUGCCGCUUCUCAAAUGGAUAGUAGCGAAACAAAGCUGGGAGCUACUGUUGCUUCGCGAGUCCCACAGAUUGUCAUUGGGAACCCCGAAGAGCUGGAGAGGAAAAAGCGUGCUAUUAAAGCUGCUGGAUUGUCUUCCUUGCAGGUCAUUGCAGACUUCGACAUGACCUUGACAAAAUACAUGGUCAAUGGUACAAGAGGCCAAAGUACUCACGCGCUCUUGAACCAAGGAAACGCUGAAUAUGAUUUAAAGCGUCAGCAGCUAUUCGAUCACUAUUAUCCUCUCGAGACAUGUCCAACAAUUCCUGUUGAACAGAAGACCAAACUUAUGGAAGAGUGGUGGGGAAAGACGCAUAACCUUCUUGUAGAAGGCGGUCUUACCUUCAAAGCUAUUCAAACCUCGGUGGCUAAUGCUGUUAUUGGUUUCCGGAGCGGCGUUGUCGAACUUCUUGAGAUUUUAGAGGCCAAGAGCGUCCCCGUUUUGAUAUUUUCUGCUGGUUUAGCUGAUAUCAUCGAAGAGGUUAUGCGCCAAAAGCUUCAUCGUUCUUUCAAAAACAUCCGUGUCGUAUCAAAUCGCAUGGACUUUGAUGGUGAUGGCAAUCUCCUGGGUUUCAAAGGGAAGCUGAUACACGUUCUGAACAAGAACGAGCAUUCCCUAGAGAUGGCUGCUCCACUACAUGACGAUCAUGGCCACGAAGUCGUCAACAAUGCCAAGAACGGGUACUCUCUUGUGCGAGACCGCAGGAACGUGAUACUUCUGGGCGAUCACAUUGGAGACCUCGGAAUGUCGGAUGGAGUUGACUAUGACAACCGUAUUACCAUAGGAUUCCUCAACGAGAACAUAAACAGUUGGCUAAGCACCUACACAACCGCGUUUGAUAUCGUUGUUCUGAACGACGGAGCGAUGACGAGCGUCCUAGAUCUCAUUCAAGAACUGUCCCGGUAGCCGACGUUACAGCGUCACAACCGGUUGAAGCAUCCGUCGUAAAACUUCCCAGAAUCCAGGGCACGCACUUAUACCUUAUCUGGUCCUUGCGAUAGUUAUUGAAGUCGUAGAACCUCGUGCGCCAAAACUCGUCACACCUCGGGCACAAAGCGUGAUCCGGCAGAGUCUCUCGGAUUCUCCUGAGCUCCUCCCGUUCCUCGGGAGUGAUCUUGGAGGUGGCGUUCUUCCUCGCCUCGGCUUUGGGCUCGUCAACUCUUUUGGAGGCGGGCCUGGAAAUCCUCUUGGGCUUCUCGGCUUUGGUCUUCCUCGGCGCGGCAACACUUUUGGAGGUGGGCCUGGAUUUUCUCUUGGGCUUGGGCUUCGUGGGCUUUUCUUCCUCUUCGUCGUCCUGUCCCAGAUCCAUACAGGCGAAUCUAAGAGGCCGCCUGGUAGCUCUCUUGGAGAUUACUGGCUUGGGCUCCUCGAGCGCCUGGGGAUCCCAGGGAGGGCAGCUCAAACCCGCCCAUGGAUCACCAUCAUCGACAUGCAGCCUAGUAAACUUGCCUUGAUCUUCGUUGAGAUCGUCCAGCGCGAGAUCAUUCAUCCCGAGAUCAUCCACCAUGAAAUCGCAAGAGAACACAUCCAAACUCAUGACGAGCAACCCCAACAGUAUAUUCUCUUUGAGGGUGGCGUAGGGUUAAAGAAACACUUAAACCUCGUACUUCGAAUAUUC